UGAAUAACAAGUGUUUGUUCCCUCCAUACAUGACUUACCCAGUUAUUGUGCUGCACCACUCCUGUGUGCAUUCCAAGAGCUGGAGGCACGAACUAACUCGCGUCGAAUUCGCAACAAUUUACAGCGACUCUCCCAACUAUUGUCCAAUUAGAAGUGUUGCUUAUAUUUAAUGUCCAAUCACUUUUUUGCUACGGUGUGAGCCCACAGGUGCAUGACCACCGAAAGCUCCGAUCCGUCCCCUCUCUAAUUUCCAAAAGUGCACGUUAUAUUUGUCAAAGGAUUGCAGGUAACUGUACACUAGCAAGAAGAGUUGUCAUCGGUAACGAAUCGGUAGUGUGAACAGUUCAACAUAGCUGAGUAUCAGACCAGCUGUCGUUUUCAACCAAACAAGAUGGCUUCCGACAAGAAAGCUGUAGUCAAGAACGCGGAUAUGUCUGAAGAAAUGCAACAGGAUGCCGUUGAGUGUGCCAAGCAAGCAAUGGAGAAGUUCAACAUCGAGAAGGAUAUCGCUGCCUUCGUGAAGAAGGAGUUCGACAAGAAGUUCAACCCGACCUGGCACUGCAUUGUGGGAAGGAACUUCGGUAGCUAUGUCACACAUGAGACCAAACACUUCAUCUACUUCUACCUAGAUCAAGUAGCUGUACUGCUCUUCAAGUCUGGUUAAUGCCGUGCCGCUGGAACACCAGCCUGGCAGCAGUGAAAAGCAGUGGCUGUUUUGUGGACUUCUUACAACAGCGGUUAAUUAUGAAUUUUAGCCAUUCAGGACUUGCAAAAUAUCUUUUUAUUUCGCCCUCUGACUUGGUUCCUUGUGAGGUGCCCAGACUUUGGCCAAAAAGAAAAGAUGGCUGCUAUUAAAGAGUUGCAGAUAUUGCCAUGAAGCAAUUACAUCAUACUGAGACUCUCCUGUAUCGGGCGCGUAGCCAGAGUUUCUGGUUUCUAAUUCCAAAAUGUUUAUCCCGUUUAGGUUACGAGUGGUAAAGGCACAAGGAAGAGAAAAGUCACUUGCAUUACGUAAAAGUCAUGAGAUCAUUCCUUUUUUUCUACUCGUUUCUGGAAUAUCGAGGUACUAAAAUUGCCUUUAAUGAUAUGUUCACAUUUAACAGUAUACAUGACAUAAUAUACUCUAUAUUCAAGCAAGCAGUAAGAUGCAUGGCUCUGGGUAAAGUAAAUGUGGACAUUCUUGAACAGGUAAUCUUUAUAUUACUUUCAAAUUACUCAUUUAUUAUCAACUGAUUUGGUUUACCGAUAUGACCGACGUCUUUAGCAAAUCGCUUUGCGACGGCUUUCGCUGUGUUUGCAUUGGUGCCGCAUACAAAGGCUAGUUUUAAAGUAAAAUGGUUAGAAUUGAAAUAAAGUUUUGUAAGCAUUCUCGUUUAUCGGUGAUCGAUUAUUAAAAGUUUAGAAAUUUAGUUUAAAGGUACUCGGAAUGGAUGGCCAUUGUAACGGAUUAUGAAUAAUUAUUGUUCUGAAAUUCAACUGAAAAUAUCUCUAAUAAAAAGGUGUUCGUGUGAUUUUGCAAUGUAGGCCAAUUGUUUAUCAAAAGUAGUGACUGGCUGAAAUAUAAAUUUAAAAUUUUCAAUGUGAAAUAGUGAAUAAAAACAAAUAAAUAUAUUGUUCAGAGUAACUGAAUACCUGAUGUUCUAAAAUAAAACACUGAAUUUGUGUCUGA